AAGACCUUUGCUCAAAGCAGUACACUUACUUCCCAUAAGAUGAUCCACACAGGGGAGAAGCCCUAUAAAUGCAUGGAGUGUGGAAAGACCUUUGCUCAAAGAGGUCAUCUUACUUCCCAUAAGAUGAUCCAUACAGGAGAGAAGCCAUAUAAAUGCAUGGAGUGUGGAAAGACCUUUGCUGAAAAACGUAAUCUUAUUUCACAUAAGAUGAUCCACACAGGGGAGAAACCAUAUAAAUGCAUGGUGUGUGGAAAGACCUUUGCUCAAAGAGGUCAUCUUAUUUCCCAUAAGAUGAUCCACACAGGGGAGAAGAAGUAUAAAUGUAUUGAAUGUGGAAAGAGAUUUACUCAUGGUAGUGGACUUAAAAUGCACAAAAAGCUCCACACAGGAGAGAAACCAUUUAAAUGCAUGAAAUGUGGAAAGACCUUUGUUCAAAGAGGUCAUCUUAUUUCCCAUAAAAGAAGCCACACAGGGGAGAAACCAUAUAAAUGCAUGGAGUGUGGAAAGACCUUUGCUCAUAGCAUUGCACUUACUUCCCAUAAGAUGAUCCACACAGGGGAGAAGAAGUAUAAAUGCAUGGAGUGUGGAAAGAUGUUUACUCAUGGCAGCGGACUUAGAAGACAUAAAAAGCUCCACACAGGAGAGAAACCAUAUAAAUGCAUGGAAUGUGGAAAGACCUUUGCUCAAAGGGGUCAUCUUGUUUCGCAUAAAAGAAGCCACACAGGGGAGAAGCCAUAUAAAUGCAUGGAGUGUGGAAAAAACCUGGCUGAAAAACGUAAUCUUGUUUCCCAUAUGAUGAUCCACACAGGGGAGAAGCCAUAUAAAUGCAUGGAAUGUGGAAAGACCUUUUCUCAAAGAAGUAAUCUUACUUCCCAUAAGAUGAUCCACACAGGGGAGAAGCCAUAUAAAUGCAUGGAGUGCGGAAAGACAUUUACUCAUAGCAGUGCACUUAAAAGACACAAAAAGCUCCACACAGGAGAGAAACCAUAUAAAUGCAUGGAAUGUGGCAAGACCUUUGUUCAAAGAGUUCAUCUUAUUUCGCAUAAAAGAAGCCACACAGGGGAGAAGCCAUAUAAAUGCAUGGAGUGUGGAAAGAACCUGGCUGAGAAACAUAAUCUUAUUUCCCAUAUGAUGAUCCAUACAGGGGAGAGGCCAUAUAAAUGCAUGGAGUGUGGAAAGACCUUUGUUCAAAAACGUAAUCUUAUUUCCCAUAUGAUGAUCCAUACAGGGGAGAGGCCAUAUAAAUGCAUGGAGUGUGGAAAGACUUUUUCCAAAAGGCAUCACGUUUAUAUUCACAAAAAGCUCCAUACAGGAGAGAAACCGUUUAAAUGCACUGAAUGUGGAAAGACCUUUGCUCAAAGAAGUAAUCUUACUGCUCAUAAGAUGAUCCACACAGGGGAGAAGCCAUAUAAAUGCAUGGAGUGUGGAAAGACCUUUGCUCAUAGCAGUACACUAACUUCCCAUAAGAUGAUCCACACAGGAGAGAAGCCGUAUAAAUGCAUGGAAUGUGGAAAGACCUUUGCUCAAAGAGGUCCUCUUUUUUCCCAUGAGAUGAUCCACACAGGGGAGAAGCCAUAUAAAUGCAUGGAGUGUGGAAAGACCUUUGCUCAAAGCAGUACACUUACUUCCCAUAAGAUGAUCCACACAGGAGAGAAGCCUUAUAAAUGUUUAGAAUGUGGAAAAUGUUUCAGAACAAGCAGACAAUUUACUGUCCACAAAAAGAUCCACUCAGGAGAGAAGCCAUAUAAAUGCAUGGAGUGUGGGAAGACCUUUGCUCAAAGAAGUAAUCUUAUUUCCCAUAUGAUGAUCCACACAGGGGAGAAACCAUAUAAAUGCAUGCAGUGUGGGAAGACCUUUGCUCAAAGAAGUAAUCUUAUUUCCCAUAUGAUGAUCCACACAGGGGAGAAACCAUAUAAAUGCAUGCAGUGUGGGAAGACCUUUGCUCAAAGAAGUAAUCUUAUUUCCCAUAUGAUGAUCCACACAGGGGAGAAACCGUAUAAAUGCAUGCAGUGUGGAAAGACAUUUUCUAAAAGGAGUAAUCUUACUUCUCAUAAGAUGAUCCACACAGGGGAGAAGCCAUAUAAAUGCAUGGAGUGUGGAAAGACCUUUGCUCAUAGCAGUACACUUAGUUCCCAUAAGAUGAUCCACACAGGGGAGAAGCCGUAUAAAUGCAUGGAGUGUGGAAAGACCUUUGCUCAUAGCAGUACACUUAGUUCCCAUAAGUUGAUCCACACAGGGGAGAAGCCAUAUAAAUGCAUGGAGUGUGGAAAGACCUUUGCUCAAAGCAGUACACUUAGUUCCCAUAAGUUGAUCCACACAGGGGAGAAGCCAUAUAAAUGCAUGGAGUAGAAGCCUUAUAAAUGUUUGGAAUGUGGAAAAUGUUUUGGCACAAACGGGCAUCUUAAUUCCCAUAAGAUGAUCCACACAGGGGAGAAACCAUAUAAAUGCAUAGAGUGCGGAAAGACCUUUACUCAUAUCAGUACACUUAGUUCCCAUAAAAGGAUCCACACAGGGGAGAAGCCAUAUAAAUGCAUGGAGUGUGGAAAGACCUUUGCUCAUAGCAGUACACUUAGUUCCCAUAAGAUGAUCCACACAGGGGAGAAGCCGUAUAAAUGUUUGGAAUGUGGAAAAUGUUUUGGCACAAACGGGCAUCUUAAUUCCCAUAAGAUGAUCCACACAGGGGAGAAACCAUAUAAAUGCAUAGAGUGCGGAAAGACCUUUACUCAUAUCAGUACACUUAGUUCCCAUAAAAGGAUCCACACAGGGGAGAAGCCAUAUAAAUGCAUGGAGUGUGGAAAGACCUUUGCUCAUAGCAGUACACUUAGUUCCCAUAAGAUGAUCCACACAGGGGAGAAGCCAUAUAAAUGCAUGGUGUGUGGAAGGACCUUUGCUUAUAGUCGUACACUUAGUUCCCAUAAGAUGAUCCACACAGGGGAGAAGCCAUAUAAAUGCAUGGUAUGUGGAAAGACCUUUGCUCAUAGCAGUACACUUAGUUCCCAUAAGAUGAUCCACACAGGGGAGAAGCCAUAUAAAUGCAUGGAGUAUGGAAAGACCUUUGCUCAAAGCAGUACACUUAGAAGGCACAAAAAGCUCCACACAGGAGAGAAACCAUUUUAAUGCAUGAAAUGUGGAAAGACCUUUGCUCAAAGCAGUACACUUAGUUCCCAUAAGAUGAUCCACACAGGGGAGAAGCCAUAUAAUUGCAUGGAGUGUGGAAAGAUCUUUUCUCAAAGAAGUAAUCUAUCUCCCCAUAAAAGGAUCCACAGUCGGGAGAAACUAUAUAGCAAUAGUAAUUCCAAUUAGACUUCACAAUGCUUUACCACACAGCAGUUUACAAAAUCAACAUUUUAGCGACCUCAAAAGGAUGAAUCAACCAUCAGCCGAUCAGGAUCGAACUCUUGGCUAUGGGCCAUUAGCCUUUAGUACUGCAUUCAAACCACUGACCCACCAUGUCUCUAUAAAUUUGUUUGUGUAUACAUAUUGUGCUUUGUGAUCCAAAUGAGAAAAGGUUGAAUCUAUCAAAAUGAAACUUAAUGUGGAGAAAAGUAACAUUUUACACCUGGGCAGGGAUUACAUGAAGCCUGGCUCAAAAACAGUAAUUGUGCGAGGGACCUUGGGAGUCCUAAUUGAUGAUCACUUAAACAUGAGUCACGUGUGUGCAGCAGCAGCCUAGAAAGCUAAUGGAAUCCUUGAUUGUAUAAAGAGAGGCAUAGAAUCAAAGUCAUGUGAAGUAUUAGUACUGUUGUAUAAAGCCUUAGUAAGCUUAUACCUGGAAUACUGCGUCCAGUUUUGGUCAUAACAUUACAAAAAAGAAUUUUAGCCUUUGGAGAAAGUGCAAACGAGCAGCUAAGAUGAUUAAAGGCCUGAAGAUUACAACAUAUGAAGAACAAUUUCAGGAUUUGGGUUUGGCUGGUCUACAGAAAAGAAGGUUUAGGAAUGACACAAUAGCAGUAUUCCAGUACUUAAGCGGCUGCUAGACAGUGGAGGGGGGGUUAAUUUAUUUUCCAGAUCACCAGAGGGCAGAAUGAGAAACAACACAUGUAAAAAAGCAACCUUGAAUUAACGAGAAUCUUCCUUACAGUGAAAACAAUUAACAAGUGGAACAGCUUUCCUUCAGACAGUGAGGUUGCUUCAUCACUAGACAUUUUAAAGAAGAGUUUGGAUAGUCACUUAUCUGAAAUAGAUCUUAUAGAAAUAUCAAUAGAUCCUGAAAUGCUUGAGCCGAAAGUGCGGAUAGAGGUUCCAGGCUCCGAGGACUUGUAUCGGGCCUAGGACUUCAGGCAUCAGGACUCUGUUGGUUCCUGGAUGGAGAGAAGGAGAAAGUUGUGUCUCGGGGGGCUCUUUAAAAAGAAAAAAAAAUUCUUCUGAUUCAUUAGUGGCUCUAGAAGUGAAUUAAAAUCUCUCUCCAGGAACUCCCAUCUCAUCAAAUUGGACACCCCCCCCCCAAUGUUAUCAAUACAUUUCUGACCAAAAUGAGGUUAAUUUUUGGUUAGCCCACAAAAAUGAUUCAUGCCAUCUGAGAGUCUAUUCGUUUACCUACUAAAAGUAAUUAUACGAGUUGAAGUUUUUUCAAUAAAAUGCCAAAUUGAAACUUUUC